AUGAGUGAUUCGGAAGAUGAAGAGGUAUUCGAGAGUUUGAUGGCUACUAGGGCUAGACGUGCCAAUGCAGGAUCAAGGCUAAAACAGCUUAUUGAACUAGAGGGAGAGGCAAACGAGGUUGAAAACACCACCAGUCAGUUUGCUACCGAAGAUGAUGAAAACGUGAAUCUACUUUUCCAGGACGAUGAGGAUGACCAAGAGUUUAUUGAGGAGGAUAGUGACGGAGCCUCUUUAGGUGAUGAGGACGAGGGGGAUGCGGAUGAGGGGAGUACAACUAGAGAAAUAACGCGGCACUCUGGUGACGAGCAAGAUGAAGAAGAAGAAAGUGAAGCAGUACAAGAAAUCAAUUCAGACGAGGUGUUAUCAGACUCAGACCUUUCUGCAUCAGAUUCCAAUGAAAGCGAAGGGGAGAAGGAGUUACAGAGGCAAGAGAGGAUACGAAAGAGAAGGAAAAAGACUGUUAUUCCCCAGAUCAAAAAGAUACCGGAAAAACCUAGUGUGAAGAGAGCAAAGAAAUCACCCUUGAUUACCUCAGAUUCAUUGUUGAUGUCAAGUAGGAGAGCCUCUUCUCGAUCUUCAGCAGUUGAAAGCAAACAAGCAUUAAUUGAUCGAUUGAAACAAAGUGAGGAGAGGAAAGCCAAAUAUGUCCCAGUGGAGAGAAAACAUGUUCGAGAAUUAACACAAGCCGAGAGAAUGGCACAGGCUGCCGAAACGGAAAAGGAAAAUAUAGAAUCCUUGAAUAAGUUUAAAGAACAGGAAAUCGUGAAAAAGGAACGUCAAAGGCAAUCGCUUUUGUCAAAAAGAAUUAAAUUACAGAAUGUUCUACGAUGGGUGAGUAAAGGAGAAUACAUCACCCCAAAUGAAGAAGUAGCGGAAGCUAGACGGCAAUUUGAACUUUACAUGAAGAAGAGGAAAAGGUUAGGUAAGAAGAAAAAAGGAGGGGGAGGAGAAGAGGCGAUUGUCAUCAGGGCACCAUUUUCAAUCGACUAUGACUCACCGUAUCAGAGGGCUAUAAUGGAGGAGAAAAAGAGGACGCAGCAAGAAGAGGUGGACCGCUUGGAAGGUAUGAAUUGUUCAUUGAUGGAGAAAAUAGUAGAGCAUGAUAAUGAAGGUGAUUCCGUGACUAUAUCGAAGACGGACAUCGCCGACUUCAAAGAAGACAUGAACAAGAGCGAAUUGAUAAAUGGAGAAGAUCAGAAGAAGGUCAAAGUUGAAAUGGAAGAUGAAAAAGCAAAGAUCGAUGAGGAAGAGGAAUCAAAGAGUGCAGAGGAAGCUAGGGCUGAAGGGGACAUAAAACCAGAAGAGGAGACAAAGAUUGAGAAGGUGAAAAAGGAGGGCGACAAGGCAAGAAUCAAGGUGACGGAUGAAGCCCAAGUUGAUGAUAGAGGUGAGAGUGAACCAGGACAUGAAACCCCUUUUGAUCCUGGGCCGGUCGCAAAGUCAGAGGAAAGGGAAGAAGUACAUCACACAUCGAAGGAUAAACAGUCAGAUGCAGAGAUGCAGGAGGAUUCGGGGUCGAUGGUGGAUAGUAAUGAGAAAAAGAUGGAAGUACGGGACUUGGAUAAAGACAGUGAGGUCAAUGCUGAUCGCGCAGGGGGAGAUCUCAGUACCAAAGAGCGCCAAAUGCAGUCUCAGGAUGAGCUAUACCCUAUUAAGAAUGCACCCGAGCAUACCCUCAAUGAAGAGCAAUCAGGAUUUUUAGACAAAAAUCUAACGAAGCGGGUGAAAUUUGCGGAUGAGCUUAGUGAAGGAGAAAACGGACCAUCUCACACAAAGCAAGAUUUAGUAGAGGCCAUUCCCGCUAACGAAAUGACUGAAAUAAGCUCAACUGAAGGCACACCACUCCCAGAAAACAACAUGCAUGCACCAUCUAAUGAUCACUCAUCUCAAGAAAUCUUUGAGGGACCUGUGCAGAAAGUGACGCGAAAUACAGUGUAUUUUGUUGACUUCAAUGAAGACAAACGUGACCUCAAACUAAUCCCCUCUAAUGUCAAACAAAUACUUUUUGGGGAACAAUCGCUUUGGCCAGCAGCAAGAAGGUCCAAUGAGGUGAAAACGAUAAUACGCAUAGGCAAACAAGAGAAUCCAUAUACACGAAAAGACAACAGGGAGGAUGAUUUGUUCACACCGAUUACCGACCUUAAUGAAGAUGACCCAAUGUUUGAUGAAUUGAAAAAGCUACCUCGCUUGGGAGUAGAGCAAGAUAUUGUGGAAAUUGCCGAGAGUGAUCAAGAGGAUAAUUCCGCAGAAAUAGUAAUCCAAACAGAAGCACCUACAGGGUUGUAUUUGCCCAAUGGGAACAAAAAAGUGUGCAUGGUUUCAGGUACAGAAGUUAAGUACUUUGAUCCUUCAACUGGUAUGCCGUACAGCUCAGUGGAAGUUUACAGAACUUUGAAACUUAUAGAACAAGGUCAAGCGGAGUGGUUGGGAUUAGAUGCAACAGACAACGGUCCUGUGGACUUGUAUUUGGGGCUCAAAGGGGAACACGCUAGGCACGCAAAAGGUGUUCCGGAAGGGUUCUAA